UGGGGCAGGGCGUGCGCGGCUGUCGCUGUUCGCUGAAUCUCCGCAAGAAGCGGGAUCUUAUAGGACUAUAAGGGAAGAGGCCCUCGGAGAAAGCAGCCAGUGACGAGCGAGCGACGUGUGGAGAACAGCCUCCCAGUCAGCUGCGGUAGUUCGUCGGUCAACACAUACAUACACACACCGAUCAGCCAUGGAGCAAUCGGGAUUUAACAGCACGAUACUCCUCCAGCAGAAGCAGAUCUUCGACCAAGCAGCGCCGACCACCAUCAAGGUCGUCGUCCCCACGGAGCCCAAUCCGGUCAACACCAAUCGCCUCCGACUCCUGAUCUUCCUAUCGGUCGUGGCCCUGCUGGUGAUCGCCCUCUUCCCUGUCGUCGUGUUCCGCCUCGCCUUCAUCUCCAGUCUCGUGAACCCCUUCCACGACUACCAGGCCACUGUUGGCAGCACUCUCCCCACAACGCCGCCACACGUGCCCUUGUCCUCCACGCCGUCGAUAACAGCCCGCCAGGAGACAAGACUUGGACUUGUCGCCCGCCUAGUGCAAGCGAGCCGCCAACCGCUGUCUACCUCUACCAGGACGUGGCCGUCAAGCACUCGGAGGGCUGACGGAUCGACCCUGACUCCAGCCGGAAUCUCUAGCCCGGCCGCAGCGAUCACCGACCGUGUUGGCACCUCCGGAAAGCCCACAGAGACUCAGCGCACUCUGCUGGUCCACAGCGGCGCCCAGGCAUUUGCGCGGACGCACUGACAAGGCCAGGUUAUCAACUAGUACUUUAGAAAGCUGAGACUGAAAACGCUCUGUGAUAUUAUGAACCAAAAUCGAUUGGUUUAAAUAGGAAACUAAGCUAGGUACAACUAUGUUUUGUUCAUACUGAUUGAAUUAACUCUGAGCACGGCAGGUAGGGUUGUUCGGUUUCGUUUUUUUCGGACUGGUUUUCGGUGACGAUAUAUACCGAUUUUUCACCGAAAUAUAGGUUAACCGUAGUAAACUUGGAACUUUAAACGAACAGGUGUUCUUAAGUUAACCGUUAUUGAAAAACAAACCGGGAUUUUCCAAAAUACCGAUUUUUUAAAUUUUAAAACAAUAAUUCA